GUCUGCUUAAAUUCUGAGGAAAUUUUUGUGUUUUUGAGCGCUCCAGCUUUUAAAGUGAAUAAAACGAUAAAUAUUCAAAAGUGUUUUUAAACAAAUGUGCUCCAGUAACAGCGAAAUAUUAUAAUGUGAUGGUAAUGUUUUUAUUUGGGUUCUGCAUGUUCAUUUGUACCAGUUUUUGAAGUUCUGCUGAGAUGAUCUGAACAAAAGAAAUUACGGUGCACCGCAAGGAACGAAAAACCCUGAUGGAAGCAAAAGAGGAAAAUCAGGAACUGAAUGUCAUGGAGGAGAAACCGCGUCAGUAUCCGGAACCAUAUAAAUUAAUAAUUGGUGAAAAAUCUGUUGGUUUUUCACAGACUAAGAAGAAUUUCUCACAAAAAAAAACUAAACAUUUGAGAGCAAAUAAAUCUUUCACCUGCCUUCAUUGUGGAAAAAGUUUUACAGAGAAAGGAAGCCUUAAGCGUCACAUGAGAAUUCACACUGGAGAGAAGCCAUACACAUGUCAUCAGUGUGGAAGGAGUUUCACACAAGCAGGCAAUCUCACAGUUCAUCUACGCUCUCACUCUGGAUUAAAGCCAUUUAACUGUGAUCAGUGUGGCAAAAAUUUUACAUUGGCAUCAGAUCUAAAGAUGCACCAGGCAAUUCAUGCAAAUAAGAACCUUUACAUGUGUUGUGGAAAGAGUUUUUCAUGGCUGAAAAGUUUUAAAGCUCACCAGAAACGACAUACCAAUGUAAAAAUUAAUGUCUGCUCUGAGUGUGGUAAAGCCUUUGCUAAUAUCUAUGAUUUCAAUGUGCAUCAAAGAAUCCAUACUGGAGAAAAACCUUUCAAGUGUUCAUAUUGUGGAAAGAGUUUCACUAUUUCAGGACACCUGAAAGAACAUGAGAGAAUCCAUACUGGAGAGAAGCCAUACCACUGCACUUCAUGUGGAAAGAGUUUCACUAAUUCGGGAAACCUGAAAGCACAUGAAAGAAUGCAUACUGGAGAGAGGCCGUACCACUGCACAUCGUGUGGGAAGAGUUACAGGUUCUCGAGUGCUCUAUUGGCUCAUAGAAAAAAAUAUUGCUCAAAGUUGACACAGUGAGAAAAAAAAUUUCUUAAUCGUGAUUAAACGCAUUUACCGUAAAUACAGUGUAAACCAGCAUAAACACUGGUUGAAAGGGCGGAACCUUUGCGAUGUGUCCGCCCAGAGUAAUUACACACACACACACACACACACACAGAGCAGUGAUUCAAUGUCUGUGAUAAAGUGAAGGUUAUUUGUUGUACAAAACAAGCCUAGAUGGAACUUGUGAAAUAAAUCAAGUAUUUUUCAGCCUAAGAUGCAUUUUAAUUACCACAGAAGCACGUCAAGUCUAAACUAUCACUAAAGCGCAGAAUAAGACGUUUUUGUCUAAGCGCUUUUCAUGUGGAGUUAAAAGUGGCUCAGAUGCCCUGACAUGAAUCAUGAAUGUGGCUUCAUGAUUGCUGUAACAAAGUGGAUAGCCACACAGCAGAUAGUCUACCAGCAGAUUAAUACUGUGGAGGCGUUUAAGAGAUUUAAUGCCUAUUAAAAUGAAUAUGCAACCUAUGGAGAGACUAGUUCUUUCAAUUAUUCAAACUCCCACUUAAACUUUGGGAAACGUUUAAUGUUACUUCAACUGGUGAUAUUUUGCUGCAUUUCUAUCUUUGUACUGUG